CACUGAUAAGUCAUCAUUCCAGGUUCUCAUAGUCCGGUUAAAAACAUGACAGAUUUUUGCGUGAUAUUUUUACUUCUUGCAGCGGCGUAUUUUGGAGCAGCAAGCCUUGAUCAUGAAAGUAUUGCAAUUUCGGACGAAGAAAUAGCCGGUAAGUGAAACUUGUAAUGCUGUUUGCUUGUUUAUCGAAGCAUCCUAUGGCUAUGCCGGCCUUCGAAUGAUUUUCCAUCUGUAAACAAGAGGUAAGAGUCAACAUUGCUCACACAGUCCGAUCCUGCAUAAGUACGCUGAGUUCAUGAAAAGACCCUCUAGAACAGAUGUUAAACGAAGCCGAAGGUUUGGCGAUCUUGUUUGUAAAUAUAAUAAUUCAGAACUUUACUGGUGAAGUAUAUAAGGUCCGUUCAGUUGUUGACACGAGACACGUGAAAGCAACGAAUUUAAGCACAGCUUAAUUCUUAAAACAUAGAAAUUGCCAUAAACAGAUAAAACCAUCAUUUGCAACAAACGCUUACGAACGAAUUUGUCCCAUCUCACUCUCCUCCGCAUGCCGCUAGCGAUAAUAGUUAAACACGCGGGCCAUGUACGCGCAAAUUAUGAGGCUUGCGGGGGGAAUGCCUUAUAUUUUCCAGCCAUAGCUAGCUUUCGUGUUUAAUCAUAUAGAGGGAAAAAUUACUCAAAUAUGACUGGCUAAUGAUGAGGGCAUUGUUUCUUAAUUCACGGCCAAAUUACUUGUACCUGAUUGCCUGAGACGCAAGCGCAGGAAGUUUCUUGUUUUAAAUAGCAAUACAAACAACGACUUCUCGCUUUGCCGUUGCGGAUAAUAAUGUUUCUGAAAAAUUGAAAACUUCUAGCAAAACUCUAGAUAAAACACUAGAAUAAGAUAAAGUACAAAUUUAUGAGAUGGAGAAAUUAAGAACUUGACAAGGUCACAAUUUACGAAUAAAUUUUUCCCUCUAUGAUUACAAGUAAUCGCAUAGUUCCUCGUAAAAUUAAGGUUUAAUUUCACUUGUGUUUUCUAAGUUUAACAAAUUGAACCUUAAUUUUAGUCAGUCCCAUGCGAUCACCUAUACUAAUUCUACGGCUCUGCGGAGGACAGUAGUCCCAUCUCGUACGAGGCCUUGCUCUAGCUCUUGAGGCCCUGCUUGCUUUUGCUCGUUAUUUGAUUGCGACGAAACUAGAAUGUAAACUCACCAUUUAAAGCUCGUUUGCCUUAUGGUCGGCACGCGAAAAUGUCAGCGUUUGAACUAAGCUAUAAAGCCUUUAUACGGUUAAAAUUUUAACCGGCCAUGGGGAGUGUCAGAUGUUGGGAUCCGAGUAUACUAAUUUUCCAAGUGUACUAAUUUUUGCAAUAUUCACCGACCAGAUUUUGGUAUUUUAGGUGUCUCACUAAAGGCCCUGUCACACUAUUGCGUAUGAGAGAAACGUAUGGGAAGCGUAUGAAAAUUAAUGAAAUAAAUUUCAUACGCACAAAAAUCCUUUGAAAUGCCAGCGUAUGAGUACCGUACAUCUGGCGUACCUCUAGCGUAUUCAGCGUGCGCCUAGAGUAUGCUUAUCGUGUAAAGCAUACGCUCGAUACGCACAAAAUUUUUGAACAUGCUUAAAAAAAAUGUUCUGCCUCGCCGUAUGCCAGCGUAUGCCCCCGUAUGCAACCGUGCUUGAAACGUAUACAACCCAUGCCUAACGUACCCCUAGCGUAUGUCAGCGUAUACCGGCGUAUGAGUGAUAUUAUUCAUACGCUGGCAUACGCUAGUACGAUACGCAAUAGUGUGACAGGGCCUUAACACUCUCAUUUCUAAAUUUCAUUUUUUUGUGUGGUUUGAUUUCAGUUCCUUUUCUGUGGGCAAAUUUAUUUUUCAAAUCUCAAGCCGUCAAGCUCGGAGUUAUAUUUCCCAUUGUCAAAAAUUAAUUGAUUUUCCCAAGUCCAUUGUCCAAAACGUUUCCUCAUUCACCCGGCAAAUAUAUAUAUACAUGCAGGCAUGAUUUUAACAAAAGUUCAUUUCCCGCCCUGGAUAUCGAUUACUUGAAACAGAUUUGCUUCGAAAUGCCUGUAUUGAAAUACUAGGAUGCCAGCUUAUAUAAGUAAUAUGUUCAAGUGCAUGCAGAGAUCCCGUCGUCUGUGUCUGAACUACCUGUCGAGUGAAAAAGACGUAUCAAACGUUGUCCAGUCUAUGAAAAAGAUUUAAAACACUUUAACCUUUCCAGCGGUGGCCCAUCGCCGGAGCUUUGAAAUAUUAUACAAACAAAAAGGGGAUUUACAUUUAUUGUCCUGUUUGUACGAUAUGAUCUUUUUAUAGCAAUUAUAAUCGGUCUACUGAGUUCACAUUAUUUAAAUUAUCGCUAAUCGGCAAAGUGUGACCCAAAAAAGGAAACUUUUUUGUCUAAAAAAACAUAAUUAUAUUGUUAUAUAAAUUUCUGAUUCUGGGAGAAACUCAGGAACAAUGCAUGUAUACGAAGAGUAAAAUUAUGUACUUCUCCCAUAAGAAACUUCCAGUGCCUUUUAUGGUUAUUGGUCGGUGAAAUGACUCGUUCGGUGUCUGGAUAAAAUGUAAUCACAAUAUUUAUCAUUCAUAGACCUGGAGCAAGGGGGAUUCGGCGAAAUAUUACCCGAAGUGAUGGUAUUUCCCGAGGGGCUUUGGCCCCGAGGGAAAUAUCAUUACUGAGGGUAAUAUUUCGCCGAACCCCCGAGCGGAGGAUCUAUAAAUGAUAUAUUAUACCGAAAAUUAAAAGCCUCCAAGUUGAGAAUAAAAAACUUGACACAUACCUUCGUGAAUACGAUGUUUUAUUUUCGGAUUAACGCAAGUAUUUGUCGCUUUUCUUUCGAAUAACAUAUCGUUUGGAAUAUUAAUGACAACAUUUCUCAAAAUUUGCUUCAAAAUUUUGAAAAAGCCUCAGGUUUUACGUUUAAAAUUUAAUUAUUCAUCACUCAUUUAUCACUAUUUAUGUUUUGUCGGCCAUCAAAAGGAAUGCAGGCUCGUUAAUUGAUGACGUAAGGCGUGAUAUCGCAAUUAAUUUCAUGCUCACGUGCCAAAAACUAAGCUUCCUGAUUGGACGAUUUGAAGUUGAGGUAUAAUAUAUAUAUAUAUAUAUAUAUAUAUAUAUAUAUAUAUAUAUAUAUAUAUAUAUAUAUCUGCCCUUUUGAUUAUAUUUAUAGUAGCAUUUUUUGUCUUCCUUGCAAAGCAAAAUAAUGAUUGAACAGUCAUUACUGCGCUUGAGUAAAUCAUCCUUUACAAGUUUUAAUCGACACAAUGAUCAAUGUUAAUAACAAUGUUUUUGUUGCAAUUUCGUUUUAGAUUUAUUUGAGGGUGAUAUUCUGUUAACGCCCGAUGUUACUGAGCGACUGCAAGAAUUUCGGAAAGCAGAGAGUACUGGCCGGUUUUCGCCGAAUGGGGCACAGAACAACGCCAUCAGGGACCGUAAAGGAUUGUGGGUCACAAAAAUUGUUCCGUAUGAACUGCCGGAAGAUUUGAAAGGUAUCCUCUAGC